AGGCCCUCCUUUGGUUCAUCUGCAGGUAUCAAAAAUGUGAGUUCAUUUUAAGAACGUCGAUUUGAUAUUUUCUUUUGAAUACAAACAUGUCACUUCUACAUUCUUGUCACCAUUAGCAUCUAUGAGGAAGAAGCGGAAGAACAAGCGGGUUCGUCCCCGCGGCAAAUUGGGACCGCGAUCCGGGAGAUCGCGCUCGAAAAAUUAUGAUGCGCCCCGGCGGCUUGGUGAGGUUUGUACAACCAUGUUGUUGAACAAGAACGGCGGUAGGUGUGCUGCUGCACCUCGUUCACUACGACCUUCACUCGCAGUUACACGACUUCUACAUGGAAGAUUUCUAUCAAUUUUCCUCCUCCUGCUUCUCCACCCCGCCGCACAUGUCGUCGUUCAUGCGGUGUCGCUGGUGCGGAGAACUACAGCGGCUAGUAGUACACACGAAAGUAGUAAAAAUGUGGAGCCACCAGCGAGUAGUACAACAGCUGCACCUACUUUGGCGCUCGAAGAGGAAGAAGACUACAUCGAAGAUGAUUUUCACCCGAGUAGACGAGGACACACAAGGAAGACGUGGGACGCUGGGACACUACCCAGUCCCACGACUGGAUCCGAGACGCGUUGUUCGGGAUGGAUGCACGACAAAACUUUUUCGUGCCAAGGAACAUCGUGGUCGAGAGUGUGGAAAACCCGAACGCGGUGGAGGUGAGUUGUUGCUGAGGAGGUUCUUGAGGCUUUCAUCCGAAUGUUGACCGUAAAGGAAUAAACACCCCCCCGAACAAACUGACUAGCAGUAACAUUUACAAUAAGGAAACGGGUCUCGUCGCUCAAGAAGCUGCACACAGUCUCCGGCCACAAGAAGGCACGUCUACAAGAAAGUUCACCGACGGAGGUCACCGCAUCGGUGGAAAUAUAUUUCCUUUACUAUAUUAUUCGCAGGACUUACAAAAACUUCGGUUGUACAAGGACAGUUCGCCGAGAAGAUUUGCCUUGCUCACCGUUCGGCUUGUCAG